GCAUUCCAGAGCAGAAAGCCGACCCCAGCUCGCUCGCUCGCUCAUGGACCGUAGCGCGGAGUUCGGCCGGUGGAAGGCGCAGAGUCUGAGCAAGGCGGACCUUAGCCGCAAGGGCAGUGUGGACGAGGACGCGGUGGAGGUGGUGGAGCUCCUGAACUCGCGGGAAGAGUUUUUCACCACCAGCUCCUGCGCAGGGCGCAUCCUCCUUCUGGACGGGAGCACAGAAGGCUCUGGAGUUCAGAAGCAACACUGCUGCUGGCUGCUGGUCACACACAAACCGUGUGCGAGAGACGAUGUGAUGGCAGCUCUGAAGGGUGCAACCAGCGAAGCUGUUUUGAAGUUUGAACCUUUUAUCCUCCAUGUGCAAUGCCGGACACUGCAGGACGCACAAACCCUGCACUCAGUGGCAAUUGAUUCUGGCUUCAGGAACUCUGGCAUCACCGUGGGAAAGCGAGGGAAGACCAUGCUGGCUGUCCGGGGUACACAUGGAUUGGAAGUCCCAUUAACCCACAAGGGAAAGCUGAUGGUGACAGAGGAAUAUAUUGAGUUCCUGUUAACUAUAGCAAAUCAGAAAAUGGAGGAAAACAAGAGAAGAAUUGGGAGGUUUUAUAACUACCUACAACAUGCUCUCAAACGAGAAACCAUUUCAAACUCACAUUCCAAGAUCAAAGAGAGAAAUAACCCACUUUGUACUCAUAAGAAUAGGCGGAGCCAAGGAAAAGCGCAGGGCCCAUCGACCACUGAAGACAACGGGAGGGAGCUGGAAGACGGUGAUGGCCUGGAAAUCAGUGCUGCACUCUUCCUGGGAGACGACUGAGGCCUGGCACAGUGUCGUCUCUGGUGCACGGUAUAAGGCUGCUCUUUACAAGAGUAUCAAGGCUUGCUGAGGGCAUCAACCCUACAGGAGGCAAGAGUUAAUUUCUCUGUUUUAGAGAAACUUAAGUGUAAAUGGCUUUUCAAAGUAGCUUUGUGUAUGUUUGCUCUCUGAAGACUGCUUUUUAAGCACAUUAGGAGUCACUCUACAAAUAAACGUAAAGCUUCCUGUGUCUAUUUAUGUCAAAUAGGAAAAGCAAGGUUACUUCUUCUCUGAGGUGGCCUCAGCAUCAUGAGCAUGCGAGUUGGAGCCAUGGGAACAACCUCACUCCAACCCUGAGCCUUUCUUACAGGGCAGCUCAGAAUUUGCAUUUCUUGCCCUGGACAAGUGUCUCCUCUUGCUUUGGCCGUGUGGAUAAAAGUAACUGAUAUACACGUGAGUAUUUUGUUCAGGGAAAUACCUGUGCCUUCUGUCUACUUUGUCUCUCACCACCAGAGCUUGCUGCUAGCAGCCGCUGAGACACAUGGGGGUAGCUUUUUCUAAGCUUGCUUAGGAAUGAUCACCAAGACACAGACAUCCGCAUAAAACAGAACACAUGUGCCAUGACAGCUUGAAGGGUUAGGACUUGAGUUCUGACAUCAGAGGUCCUGUAGCAAACCAUUUCAUUUUGUGGGUUUCCAUUUCUUCUAACACCUGCUGUGUUCGCACUUGAGGGAUGACUGGAUCAGAUAGGAAGUGAGCAUUGGCCAGCAAUAGUCUAUUGCAGCAUUACCAUUUUUCCUCAUUGAAGGGAAGGUGACUUCAUCGUUUUCAAAUGUACCAGUCAUGAAGAUGGCAUUGACAGCAUCAGGGAGCAUCAUGGGAGCAGAGGCCGUCUCUAGCUUUGGCAGCAGGAGCUUGAGGCAACUUGUCACAUUGCAUCCGUAGUCAGGGAGCCCAGGGGAUGGUGCCGCCCACAUCAGGAUGGAUCUUCUUGAUUAAAACUCAUAAAACAGACAGCAGAGGUAUGUCUCCUGGGUGAUUCCGAAUCUCAUCAAAUCGAGUAAAUUAACUGUCACAAGUUCAACCUUUGUCAGUCAGAUGUCCAGACACAUUACUUCUUAAACUUUUAUUAGGAUGUAUUUUAUUAGCUCUGGUUAUACAUCUAUGUGUUUGAGUGUGGAUAUGAACACAUGUGAACAGUUGCCCAUACAGGUCAGAAGUUUGAGAAGCCCUGGAGCAGACAAGUGUGAUCUGCUUAGCACAAGCACAUCUCCUGAGUCAGGCGAUUUCAAAUGCCGGCAAGCUGGAAAGGAAGGUUAACUGUAACUGUCAUCUUUAUUUUUCUUAAAUCUGUAAGUAAAGUCAGUCAAGUCGGCAUUUUAGGAACCCUUCCUGACCGGCUUAUUCCAGACAGCACGAGAAGAAGCCCCAUGAGCGGAGGCUGGAGCAGACAAGUGUGAUCUGCUUAGCACAAGCACAUCUCCUGAGUCAGGUGAUUUCAAAUACUGGCAAUUUCAAGUCGGCAUUUUAGGAACCCUUCCUGACCGGCUUAUUCCAGACAGCACGAGAAGAAGCCCCAUGAGCGGAGGCUGGAGCAGACAAGUGUGAUCUGCUUAGCACAAGCACAUCUCCUGAGUCAGGUGAUUUCAAAUACUGGCAAUUUCAAGUCGGCAUUUUAGGAACCCUUCCUGACCGGCUUAUUCCAGACAGCACGAGAAGAAGCCCCAUGAGCGGAGGCUGGAGCAGACAAGUGUGAUCUGCUUAGCACAAGCACAUCUCCUGAGUCAGGUGAUUUCAAAUACUGGCAAUUUCAAGUCGGCAUUUUAGGAACCCUUCCUGACCGGCUUAUUCCAGACAGCACGAGAAGAAGCCCCAUGAGCGGAGGCUGGAGCACACCUGCCCUGUAGGUUUCUGUGGAUUCCUUAGAUGAGCAAGCACCUGUGAUACUGUCUAUGCUCAGGACAAUGCUGUGUUUGCACUCUGGUGAAGGGCGUGGCAGGAAGCCCUGGUGCUGUGUGGCGUGUGCCUUGCACAACUUGCACUCUUGUAACUGCAGCUGCACGUUACGUAUAAGCAUAUACAGCUUGCUGCCAGGUAGGGAACUGGGGUAGGGAAAGGAAACUUACAGUCUUAGAAUGUCUUGAGCAUGGCUUCUGAAUUACUGAAUAAAAUCUAAAUGAUCUGCCAGGUAAGCAGUCAGAAGGAGUGACAACAUGUAAACAGAACAGCCAGCAUGGUGGUAGUGGUGGUGGUGGGGGGACCCUAGGUAGAACCACCACAGGGAAGGGACCUGAGCUGCAGUGACCACCCUGGGUUUUAGCCUCUGAACUAGAAGGCAUUCUCUGCUUCUCCCUGGGGCAACCAUUCACUGCCCAGGUUUGACUCCUCCAGGUUCCACAAGCUUUGUUUCUGGAGUUCUUGGACCAGACAUCAACCAAGUUAUGGCCAAGCAGAUACGUUUCAUGUGGCUCACAUGAGGGUGGUUUUCCUAAUUGGGUCAUGAUUUUAAAGUACAAUUAGCUCACAGUGGGAGUAAAACUGCAUCUCUAGGGUUUGUUUUGUUUGUUCCCUUUAAUUGGAAAACUUGGGUUGUUGGAGGCACACAUCCCACAUGACACUCAGCCAGCCACAUUCUGGCUGUAACAUUUGAAAAGAGUCAUCCAGUUCCCCUCAGACCCUUCCCAUUGCUAGCUCUCUGACAGACACCUCAUUAGUUGGUCCCUAUGGGUGUCAGUCUGUGGUGGCAAGCCCCGGAUAAACACUGGAGAGAAACAAACCUGUUAACUGUAUUAGUGUAUCGUAGGACAAAAAGAUAAACUGCUACAAUUCCUACGGAUGCAAGAUCAAAAUGCCAAGCCCUUUGUAUAACGAUGUUUAGGAAUUUGAAGAUAGCUACCACCAAGAAUGAAAUCAAGGUUGAGACUUCUCUCUCUCUCUCUCUCUCUCUCUCUCUCUCUCUCUCUCUCUCUCUCUCUCUCUCACACACACACACACACACACACACACUCUCUCUCCUUUUGAGAUGGUAUUUGGUAUAUUUAGCAUUGUCUCUAGUUCAUGCAGGCAUGAGCCACUACAUCCAAUGUAUGUGCUAAGAACCAAUCAAACCCAAGGCUUUGGUAUACACCAGGCAAGCACUCUACCAACAGAGCCACCUCUAACACCAUAGAGCAAGAUACUCUGAGCAUAGGCAACUGCACAGCUCACACACUCAGAAAGCCAACUCUACAUAGUAAGUAGGUGUGUUGAGUUAACAGAGAACAGGUGCCUUGCCCCUAACAUGGCAAUUUAGCUGUCCUGUCCUCAUUAGGAAAAGAGGGAGGGCACUGGUUCCUGGAAUAAAUGCUGGGGGGCUCUGAAAAAUGACCACUGCCUCCCUCCUGUGAUGGAGGCCAGAAGUGACUUUAAUCGAAUUGGAGAUGGGGAAAUAGAUCUGACACUGCUAUGCAAGGAAUACAAUAAAAAUAUAUUCCUACCCCACCAUGGUGCUUUGCACAUGUGGGUGGGUCCUAACAGGGAUUCAAAUAGGCACAAAUGUUAAUGUGCUAAAACCCAAUAAAGUAGUUUAAUUUCCUAGAA